CAGCCACGAAAAAUGCCUAGCCAUCAUUUACAAAGAGAGACAGAUCAAUACAGCAAACAUAACCAUUCAUUAAUGUAAAAUCAAAGAAAUUGUAAAACAAUUUUAAAACAAGUUCCUAGACCACAAUCUCUGCUAAAACCACAUCAUCAAGCAUAUACUGGUGUUCUUCACACAGAUAAAACCCUAGAAGACGAUCAGUAUGAACCUGACCGCACAUCUUCUGGACCUCAUGCUGAAGGCUUCCAACCUCUCUCGAUGGCAGUUCAUCCAGGAAUUCUCCAUUCCUCCUCUGGUGGCCGUGCCCAGACUCCCUAGCACCCUGCUUCCAGUUUUUGGUCUGCUCUACGUGCUCAUCUUUGGGCUCGCGGUGGUGGGAAACGGGGCGGUGCUGGUAAUCUUAUGUCGCAGGAAGGCUCUGCAGUCUCCCAGCACCUUCUUCAUUUGUUCUCUGGCACUCAGUGACCUCCUGAUAUCCAUAGUGUGUGUUCCUGCCACAAUGCUGCAACACUUCUUUACCAACUGGUUGGCAGGUGAUUUCCUGUGCAAGUUAAUACCAUUCCUACAAGUGACAGCCAUAGCAACCAGCAUGCUCACCAUGACUUGUAUUGCUGUAGAGCGUUUCCAGGGAAUCCUUUAUCCUCUGCAUGUCCGCAACAGCUACUUUCUUUGUUAUGCCUUCAAGAUGCUGGUGGUCGUGUGGUUAGUUGCCCUGGCAAUCGCGGCUCCCAUAUUGUUUGUUCAGAAAGUGGAGGUGAAAUAUGACUUUCUGUUCGAUGUCCAACACACCUGUUGUUUGGAAGUAUGGCCAAGCCAGCACCAGAGGAGAGCCUACACUACCUGUUUGUCCGUCCUGGUGUUUCUGGCCCCCUUGACGACCAUGGCCAUCCUCUACUGGAAGAUCAUGCGGGAGCUCUGGGGCAAGCACAAAGUGCACGACGUCAUGUUUCAAACGCUCCCAGGAUCUGAAAUUAACAAGAUUACCAGGAGGAAGAAGCGUGCGGUAAGAAUGAUGGCCACUGUGGUGCUGCUCUUUGCCGCCUGCUGGGCACCUUUCCAUCUGGUCUCCCUCUUGCUUGACUACGGUCAACUGGACCUUGAUCUUGACUCCGAGUUUCUCCUAGUCAGUGUGGUUCAGAUCCUGGGAUUCAGCAACUCUGUGUGUAACCCUCUGGUUUAUGCGGCCCUCAACACUACCUUCAAAAGGGACCUGCUGGCUCUGCUCACUCGAGGAUGCUCCGGUGCAAGAGGUUGCUGCUGUAGCUCAUGCUCCUGGUGGUCCUGGAGGAGUCACAAACGAGUGGGCAUCUCAGCAGUGGAAUCAGUGGAACCCAGACGGGGCCUGGAGACAACAUGCAGACAGGGAGGGAUCAGAUCGUGGAGCAAACCAGCAUGGGAGGGUGAACCAGAGAGGCCUACAUCUAACAUGUUCCCCCCCAUGAACCUUCUCAGUGCCAUCAGAUCCAAAAAGACCUCCAGUACCAUGAUACUAAGUGUUAUCGACCCUCCACACACAGACAGCACAUCUGGGUCUGACCAGCCUCUCACAGGCAUACUGGGCGAGUGAAUGUCAACAUUCAUACCUGAAACUCGUCUACUUAGUGACUUAGAAGACAAGAGUCCUUCAGGAGCUUUAAACAAUCUCAAAUAUAGCCACGGUUCUUAUUUUUUGCUAGUGAUGUGGAUUCAACAACCGUUGAAGGAUUUUUUUGUUUUUGGAGC